UUUGUUUUACGUGUUUGUCCUCCAAAAAGAAACAUACCAUACGGUUCCACUAUCUUCCGAAGAUGACCGGGAAGGACGAGUUCGUGUCUUACUCGCCCCUUCCCUCCAACCCUAACCCUAACCCUUACCCUUACCCCCAAAACGUCGUCGUUCUCCUCCCCUCCUACCGCUCUCGUCUCCCCAACCGCCGCCGCCGCUGCAUCCUCUACUCCGCCGCGCUCUUCCUCUUCCUCCUCCUCGCCGCCGCCGCCUUCCUCCUCUACCCCUCCGACCCGGAGAUCCGCCUCGUCCGGAUCCGACUCAACCGCAUCGGGGUCCGAACCAACCCGAGGCCCAUUCUCGACCUCUCCUUCUCCGUCACCGUCAAGAUCCGCAACCGAGACUUCUUCUCCCUCUCCUACGACUCCCUCGCCGUCUCCGUCGGCUACCGCGGCCGCCAGCUCGCCUUGGUCUCCUCCGGUGCCGCCGCCGGCGGCCUCAUCAGGGCGCGCUCCUCCUCCUACGUUGACGCCACGCUCGACGUCGACGGAUUUGAGGUCAUCUAUGAUGCGUUCUACCUGCUCCAAGACAUCGCCAGGGGCGUGAUUCCGUUCGAUACCGAUACGCGAGUCGAAGGGAAGUUAGGGCUUCUCUUCUUCCACGUUCCUUUGAAGGCAACGGUGUCGUGUGAAGUGUAUGUGAACAUAAGCGAGCAGACAAUUGUACGUCAAGACUGCUAUCCUAAGUCGCUGGGUGAUCCGCUGGAUCAGAGCGCAUAUAUUGAGGCUGAAGAUACAUGAUGUGUAUUAACCUUUAGCAUCCUUUGUCCAUAUAGCGCUGGUGGUGUUCAUUUACAUUACAUUACUUUUAUCGUGCUGUAUGAUUGUGUAUAUGGAUCACACCCUUGUAAAUUAUGGUUCACUUUUAAGACCACCUGCUUUUUGGAUUUAACGCUCGUAUACAAGGUAAAUUUAGUAAAAGUGGCACCUGAGAGUUUAAGUCAUCUAGUUGAAAAAUGAAAUUAUAUUUUGCUGAUAAUGCAUUUUAGUUCUCCUUUUAAA